AUGGCGAAGGACAGGAAUAAGAAGAAGAAAUUGAAAAAUGGAUCAGCCCCGAUGGACCUCAUCUCUGAUGAGCAAGUAUUCCAUGUCCCUCAAGCAAUGGAUACUUCAGAGCCGGGAGCUUCCAGAACAUCUAUUGGUGGGCCACAUAGGAAGACUAAAGGCAUCCAAAUGAAGCGAACAAAGAAUGUCCGGAAGAUGAGAGCUAUUGCAAAAGCUAUAUCUAAGAAUGAGCAAUCGGAACAGAAAAUCUCGAAGAAUGAAAGCAAGAUAACUAGAAUCCAAUCUGCCAAAAAGCUAUAUGAUUGA